CCAGGGACACGGCAGCAUGAGGUCGGUGGCCGCCCUCGUCCUGGUGGGGAUGCUCAUCCUCUGGGCAGAACUGCCAACAGGCAGCGCCUGGUCCUGCCCACCCGUCCGCAUCGUCUGCGCGCUGCACAACCCCCCGAACCGGUGCAACAGCGACCGGCAGUGCCCCCGGUUCAGAAAGUGCUGCCCCACCUACUGCGGGAGGAAAUGCAUCCCGAAGCCCAGCAGAGGCCCCAUCCACGUGUGAGCUCAGCUCCCACGACAGACCGAGGGCCAUCUCAGCAUCCCCGGGCCAGCUCUGGCCCCAGCCCAUGCUCAGACCACCUCUGCCCCAAGAUCACUCUAUGACAGCUCCUGUGCAGUGCCAUGUGCCACCUGCUUGCCCUCUCCCUCUGCUUCUCCACUGCUGUUUUACCAAAUAAAAGAGGCUUGUCUCAGG